AUGAAACUUAUAUACGUGUUAGUUGCAUUGGUAGCGGUUACCAUAGCGCAGACCACUUGUACCCUUCCAUCAACGUACAGCUGGACCUCGACAGGUUCGCUGGCAACCCCCAAGUCAGGCUGGGUUUCGCUUAAAGACUUCACCCACGUCCUCUACAACGGCCAGCAUCUCGUAUAUGCCUCGGACCAUGAUACUGGAUCAAGCUAUGGUUCCAUGAACUUCGGCCUCUUCACGAAUUGGUCUAGCAUGGCCUCAGCAAGCCAGAAUGCGAUGAGUGCUGGGACCGUGGCGCCUACACUCUUCCAAUUCGCCCCAAAGAGCAUCUGGGUACUCGCGUAUCAAUGGGGUCCAACCACUUUCUCCUACAAGACAUCGAGUGAUCCUACAAACACGAAUGGAUGGUCUUCAGCGCAAACGUUGUUCUCCGGGACCAUCUCCGGCUCUAGCACCGGAGCCAUCGACCAGACGGUUAUUGGCGACGCCACAGACAUGUACCUGUUCUUCGCAGGAGACAACGGCAAUAUCUACCGGGCCAGUAUGCCCAUUGGAAACUUCCCCGGCAGUUUCGGCAGCUCAUCGACGGUCAUCUUGACAGACUCAACCAACAACCUGUUCGAAGCCGUUCAAGUCUACACUGUCUCGGGCCAAAACCAAUACCUCAUGAUCGUUGAGGCCAUUGGAGCAAAUGGGCGGUACUUCCGCUCAUUCACGGCCACCAGUUUGGGCGGUUCGUGGACGCCGCAGGCCACGAGUGAGACGGCGCCUUUUGCUGGGAAAGCCAACAGUGGUGCUACUUGGACCAAUGAUAUCAGUCACGGCGAUUUGAUUCGUAGCAACCCCGACCAGACAAUGACCGUUGAUCCGUGCAACCUGCAGUUGCUCUAUCAGGGGAAAUCUCCCAGCUCCAGCGCCUCUUACGACCUCCAGCCUUAUCGCCCCGGUUUGCUGACGCUGCAAAGCUAG